AUGUCAACACUCGAUAACAACAAUCAGAUAGGCUCUCGAAUAUCUCUUGACGGGGACGAAAAUCCCACAAGUCCUAUCAGAGUCGACAAUCAUUCUACAAAUCAAAAUCUUCAACCAGACAUCCUCUUCCCGACCCAAACAAUCACGUUACAUGAUGGAGUGCUGCACCGUCUGCGACUUAUGUGUACUCGAUUUCCCAUACGCGAUACUUCGUUUUUGACUGGUUUCGUCUUCACCUGGGGUUCAGCCAUGUUCAUCAUCAACGGGUUCAUGCUCGUCAUACCAACCGUCAACCCGAAACUCGCCUUUCCUACGAUAACAUCCCAUGCAGCGCCAGCCACAGCAAUCGUCGGAGGUGUGAUUUUCAUACUAGGUGGAUGGGUGGGAUAUUUAGAAGGUCUAAAUUUCAAGAGAGAUGGAGAAUUCGUGAUGACGGUUGGUAUGCGUCCUGAUGAUGUUGAAGCAGCGAGCAUCGCAGACAGUUUCAAGCGUGAAAAUACCAAGAGCGACAACCCCUUGCGCAGCAUGACCUUGCAACAAUUAUCACAGUCUUCGAGUCCGCCAUUAACACCGGAUCUUCCCAAAGCAGCAACACAAGCACCACCAUCGCGACUUGCCUUGAUCGGGAGUCCUCUCUUCAUCUGGUAUCCAUCGCUACGGGAGUUCACCUCCUUCUAUUGGUCUGAUUUGUGCUUCAUGAGUCCUACAGUCACAUUUAUCGGUACUUUUAUCUUUAUGCUCGCUAUCAUCACUGCUGUGCCUGGCGUCCUCGACCUCACCGACCGACCGACAUUCUUCCUAGGCAACUUAUUUCCCGGCACCCUGGGCGGCGUGCUGUUCACAACCGCUUCCGUCAUGCAGGCCAUCGACGCACAGGAGAAAUGGUAUCUCCCGAAACACAAGUCACUGGAUUGGCACGUCGGACUCUGGAAUACCAUUGGAAGUAUCGGCUUCACGCUUGCAUCGGCGCUUUACUUUUUGGAAACUGCGGACGGCGCGUUGCAGGCUGGCUUGGCUAGUCUGUGGGGUAGUUGGGCGUUUUUAGUUGCGAGUUUGUUGCAGUGGUACGGUGCUAUGGCGAAGUAUACUUGA